GUUGAUUUAGCUGUGUGGCCACAGCUAGCUAACACAGUGGAGCAGUGAAAUUAUGGCGAAGAAAUCUCAUUCUUUUGUUGGGUGACGCUUGAGGAAAUAUGAGGCUUGUGGCUAUAACUUGGCAAUAGUGAAACAGUUCUGUAUGACAUAUCCAUUUGUUUGUGAGGAUGACAGAGGAGAAUAAGGAAAAGCUUCAGCUUCAAGAUGGAGUACACAUCCAAGAAAGGGUGAUACAACAUCCCCCUCAUAUCAGGCUCAGCAGAAGUCAAGAAAGAGGUAGACUCAUGCUCCAGGAAUACAAGUUAAAAACCCUUCAAAGUAAAAUCAAUGUUGCAAGAGAAGUGAGAAUAAAAGAACCUCAGAAGAUUGCUGAUAAGCAGUCAUGCUCAGAGGAAGAAGCCUAUCGAUUCUUCUGCCAUGAAUUUGAUGAGUUGGAGAGGAAUGGACCUACCACUGGAACACUCUCACAACAGAGUGGGAUAGAUACUGUCAUCGAUAUUGAGAAUGUGGAUGAGUGUCAUAAUCCUCUUGUUCCUGGAGAUAUUGAGACCCUUGAUGUAAAUCCAGACCUUUUAUUUGUGCCCAGUGAUUUACCAGUAAACCAAAUGAGGAUUAUACCAAGGUAUUUGAAGCCCCGUUUUCUGGAGGAUGAAGGAUUUUAUGUCUGUGAGAGACCCCAAGUGCCGAGGAAGAUGAUGAACAAAAUGGACAACCGGCUGAUUGAAGAAGAAAAGGGACAGUCCUGGUUUGGAGAGAAUGGUUGCGUGAUUGCUAUUCCGGACCCAAUCCAGAAGUAUUGGCAUUGUAAAGUAGAUUUCCCAUUCUCAAGCCAGUCUCCUUGUCUGACCACGGUGCACAUGAGGCCUGAUAAACUGCGAAGUGCAGGAUCUGUUGUCUCUAAUGCAGAGGCCAGUGCAGGGCUGUGGCAGCUUGACCUGAACCUAGCCAGGCUGAAUUUCACCCACCAUCCCCUGUUCUGUACAGAGCAUGUGUUGGCUCAGAGACUGUAUGAGCUCUAUGAGCGUUAUGAAACCCGUGAGAUGAAGGGUGCAACUACCUUUCUGCAGGAAAAGCUAAGGGGACUGAAGAAGUCAGAAACAGCCUUGACCACCACUGAUGAAACUGCUCCUGGCUCAAAGUUACGGAAUCUGAGACAGGAAAUACGAAAGACCCAUGUAGCACUGAAGAAUGAGAGGCAGGCAGACAUCUCUCUGGUGAGGAACAUUGUUGCUGCUUGGAAGCGCAUCAAAACCCUCAGGGCCAAGAACGGCUAUGUGAGCACCACUGUGAAACUACAGCUGCAUAAAGUGAAGGCCAGGAUCACCGACAGCGCGACAAACAGAACUGGGACAGAUGAGCACAUGAAAGCAAGGCUCUACACAGAUGGAGACGUAACGAUCAAGCAGCACUACCUGUGUAGGGAGCUGAAGGAGCAUAAAGAAGAGGAGAUAUACAUCCCUCCAGUUCCAGGACAAGAAGAGGAGACGUUUACUGAUUCUGUCAACCAGAAGGCAGAUCAGUUAGAUCUAGUUCCUGUUCUUACUAUGUGUGGUGUGGUCACUCCAACCUCUAGCUGUCCUCCUGAUGAGAAGGUUAGAAGAUAUGAACUGGCCAACCACAAAGUAUCAGUGAACAUAUUCUAUAAUGGAAAGCAUGUGUCUACCUCCGAGCCGUCCACGUUCGACAGUGACUUCAGAGUUCAAAUUCAACAGAUGUUCAACAUGCAGAUAAUACACAGCCCAGAGAACAUUAUGCUUGAGAUUUGUGAGACGGUGAAACACAAGAGCACUGUUGUGGCCAAAAUAUAUGUGCCCAUACCAGACAGGAACAUGCUCUCUAGCAACGCUACAAUGGAGAGGUCAGAGUUCAGCAGUGACAGAACCAUCAAGGCCUACUACGCUGGUGUUGGGAGCAAUGUCCCAUUCAAACUAGAGAAGGAGGAUACUGAGGUGUGCCUCAUGACCUCUGGGAGGCUGAUGUAUGUUGUCUCCUGGGCUGUGGAUGAGAGUGGCUUUCCCAUGGCGCCCACUGCCCCACCACACAGACCCAGCUUCACCAGACCAAUGGUCAGCGGUCCCAAUGCGAGUAGGCUUGAAUGGAUCAGGGACCUUCAGUGUGACCCCAACCACCCUUCUAACACAGAACUCACAGAACUCCUUAGGGAGGCCUGUGAGCAGAGAGACAGAGCCACGGGUCACUUCCGCCUACAUGCCCUGGAGGAGGAGUUUGACUUCACCACCGAGGAGCAGCUGGAGAAGUCCAGACGCUUUGGUCUCCUGCAGCUGCGGAGCUCUCAUGCUGUGGACGUCAGCCUCUCCAAACCCAUCCCUCUCCACGACAGAGACAUUACUGAAGCCAUGUUCGCUGAUUAUGAUGCAUCCCCAAGUCUGUUCCUUAUGGAUGAAGACCCUAUCACAAUGCAGAGAGCACGCUCUAUCCACUACAUCCAAAAGGCGUUGAAUUUGGCACGAACGAAACUGUUGAACAUCAAGAGGAAAUACAAGUUCUCUGAUAUAGUCACUGAGUACCAAGAGGCAGAUACAGUGAUGGAGUUCGACUGGGACAUGUUCAGACUGAAGCGACCUCUCCGGCCUCAGCGUGUGAAGACGAAGAUCAUUCCUACCUGCUCCCUCUCAGACGGGGACCUGAGGAUCCGUGUUGCCAUCAACAAUGCCCAGGCCUUGCCUGUUCGCCAGGAGGCUUUCCUCAAGGAGAUUCACGCAAGAGGCUCCUGCUGUGGUCUGACUAGCAGCAGCAGACACAACAUGACAAGCAGCUCAGAAAAGGCUGUUCUACAGGCUCAGGUUCAGCCCUUCGUUGAGGUUAGGUUUCAGGAGACAACGUAUGAGAGCAGCAUAGAACAGGGACCCAACCCAUGCUGGAGGGAAGAGUUCACCCUGGAGUUUAAAUCCUUAGGGGGUGAUUAUAGCCACGCAGCCCUUUCCAAAGUACAAGACAACAUUGUCAUAAACGUGUUUGAUGAGAUGUCGUUUCAAGUCAUUGAGAGCAGUUCUCUGAGAGGCUGUGGCACCCAGGUGUUCUCUGGCAGACAGUGGCUGGGCUCAGUCACCUUACCCUUCAGAUCUCUGCUGCAGCAAUCCAAGGAUGGUGACCAGAAGCCCCUUUGGCUGCUUUCCACAGACGAGGAUGAGGACUUGCUGGACUUGACCUAUGAGUAUGAGAAGCAGUGUAAGGUGGCAGCAGGCCGGGUGAAGAAGCGAGUCAUAACCACAGUGAUAAACAGUGAGGGGAAGUUUGUCCUGGCACACCGGUUCUUCAAGCCACUUCCUCCUCCACAGGAAGUUGUACUGGACACCCCCGACAAUAGCAUGUCUGUUCUAGAGAGGGUGGCAGCCUUUGUGUCCCUGAUUCCCACCUUGUCCUUCCCAUCUGACGUUGGUGACAGUGGGGACAUGUGGCUCACCUCAGAGCAAUGCUUGGAGCUGGCUAUGGGAAACGAUGUCAGUUUGGCAGUUCUGCUGUGCAACUUCUUUCAUGACCUGAAGUUGAAUGGGUGGCUUCUCGUGGGAACAUCUGUCAUAGAGGGAGAGACCACGUAUGUCCUUACUCAGGAGAACACUUGGUUUGUGUUGUGGAACCCCAGAGAUGGGAAGCACUACCAGUCAUACGACUCCUUCUGUCCUCUAAAGACUGUCGACUGUCUGGUCAAUGGUGAAAAUGUGUGGUUCCAUCUCCAACCAACAAGAAAGAUGCCCAUCACUUUUGACGUAUCAAAUAAUGCCACAUGGAAACCCUUAUUCCCCAAAGGAUUCAACUCUGACAAAUCCUCAAUGCCAACAGAAAUUAAAUACCAUCCCUCUCAAAUAGAUCUGGUCAAUCUCCUUCAAAGAAGGAUGGAGAUGAAACUGAAGAGUUGUGUGAUGGACUGGAGAAGCCCCCACCCUACGCGCUGGAGCCCCCGCUGUGCAGUUAUGUUCUCCGAGGUCAUGCAGAAGCUUGAGAGGAACCCAGCCCCUGACACACUAGAGCUAGAGAUAGACAGGGUCCUGGACACCAUGAAGGAUUACAAGGUGACUGGCUUUCCCAUUCAUAUGGCCUACCAAGACAUGAGCACAGUGAUCGAGGCGGUCUACAACACCAGAAUCCACAGCACUGAGAUCCCUGGGACAGAGUUUGCUCUCUCCACAUACAUCCACCCAUACCCCAACCACAUCCUGUCAGUGUGGAUAUUCCUGGCAACACUGGUCAAACACCAGCAUGGAGUGUUCUAUGUUCCUUCAGUACACGAGCACUGAGACACCCUGGUUGUGUUCUUAGGCACCAAAUGGAAGAAAACUGACUGAAACAGGGAGGGACUACCUGGAACCCUUUUUGGUUUGUUUUUUUGCAUGCCCUAAUGAACAAAACCUCUGCCUUUCAGGGUCAGCGUUUCUUAGUAGCUACUACUGUGGGAAAGGAAUGCAGAAUGAGUCAGACCAAGAGAUAAUCCACAAACCUGUACAUAGUAAAUUAAUGGAAAUACUGUACAAUAAAGUUGUCUAUAGAUAUGCCAGCAACAAAAACCUAUAUUUGUUAAACCCUUGAUUAGCACAUAAUCUGGUAUUCUUUGAAGUUCACAAUGUGGUUUGUGAAAUGUUUUAGGUAAUAUUUGUAGGUGUUUUGUGUUGAUGGUAUGCAUAAAGGCUUGUAGGCCAAUUGAUAUACAUACUGCAUACUUUACUGGCAUAAACAGUAUGCCAACAAUAUGAUGUGUUAUUAAAAAUAAACCAGAAGAAAAGUA